ACUUAUUUUCUAGUCGUGUCCAUUCGAUUUUAUUAAUAAAAAAGGAGAAUAAAGCAUGCUCCUAGGUUCAUUUUAAGUAUCUAAUAAAGUUUGUCAUUGAACAUAGCAAUAAGCAAUGAUAUUUUAUUAGUUGUCUUGCGUGAUCACAAUGUCAUGGUCGUGCACGGUGAUUCAGCUAUGCAAUAACUCUCGCAACUUAUAUAAUGUGAUAGAUUCCUCAUACCGCUCGAGCAGAUGACGAUGGCGAUGUUCAAGAGUCAGUCUAUUUUAGUUUCCGCCAUAAAGCAGCACUGGAAACAUUGUAGUCAAUGCGUGAGGUUGUCGACGGAGGCUCAAACGCAAACUGCUAGCGGAGAAGGGCCCUUGAGCUUGUACGAGGCUCGAGUCGCCAGCGGCUCACUGAGUAAAGAUGAACACCAGGAAACCGUGGUGCGACACUUAGAGCAACUCCAUCAAGAUGUUACCUCCUACCAACGGCCUGCGCUACAAACGCAAACAUCGCUGUUCAAUUUCUUCAAAAAGAAGGAACCGAACAAAAUAAUCGCACCUCAAGGCCUGUACAUAUAUGGGAGUGUGGGCGGAGGCAAGACCAUGCUCAUGGAUCUGUUCUAUGAAACUGUGCCUAUAGAAUCCAAGCUCCGUGUUCACUUCAACUCGUUCAUGCUGAAUGUGCACGCUCGCAUCCACGAACUGAAGAUCAAGUCGGGGCGCGGCGCCAGCGCGUUCCGUGACGGCUCCCACUAUGACCCCAUCCCGCCACUCGCCGCUGAUAUUACUCAGGAGUCCUGGCUGAUAUGCUUCGAUGAGUUCCAGGUUACCGAUAUAGGUGACGCCAUGAUACUGAAGCGUCUCUUCACGCAACUAUUUGACAACGGUUGCGUCGUCGUGGCGACUAGUAAUCGUCGCCCCGACGACCUGUAUAAGAACGGGCUGCAGCGAAGCAACUUCCUGCCGUUCAUUCCGGUGCUUAAGGCGCAUUGCCAAGUGUUACAGCUGGAUUCUGGAAUCGACUAUAGGCUGAGAGGCUCUGGAUCGAAGUAUAGCAAAUAUUUUCUAAAUAGCGAACUGACGUCUGAAAGCAACGCUGUAGACAAUUUAUUCAAAUUUCUGAUAUCCAAGGAAACCGACACCGUCAGGCCGAGAGUGAUCAACAUUAUGGGAAGGAACGUGAAGUUCGCCAAGUCUUGCGGUGGCGUGCUGGACUCUACGUUUGAAGAGCUUUGUGAUAGGCCAAUAGGCGCGAGCGACUACCUGGUGCUGUCGAAGACCUUCCACACGGUGUUCGUGCGGCAGCUACCCCAGCUGUCGCUGGCGCGGCACCGCUCGCAGCUGCGCCGGUUCAUCACGCUCAUAGACACGCUCUAUGACAAUAGGGUCAGGGUUGUGAUCGCGGCGGACGUGGAGCCGGCAGAGCUGAUCGCGCGUGAGGUGUCGUCUGUGGAGGAGCUCGGCGACGCAGACCGCGCGCUCAUGGACGAUUUGAAGAUUUCCAAGGACUCGGAGGACGCUCGGGCGGCCAUCUUUACGGGCGAGGAGGAGAUGUUCGCGGUAGACCGCUGCCUGUCGCGCCUCAUGGAGAUGCAGACCCACGAGUACUGGGACAAGUGGGGCUCCCACCUCGGCUAGUGGG